CUGUCAUGAGUCAUAACAUAAAAAUGUACACACAGCAUUUACGUGGCUAAUUCUUAAAUUCUUACAUGUUCGCAGGAGAACUUUUAUGAAGUUCUAGUUUUGUUUGCCAUCAUUUUUUUCUGGGUAUCUUUUUAAGAGAAGAGUCAACAUGAGAAAGCUGAAAGGUGCAGUUAAAGAGACGGCUAAACAAAAACGUGAGAGGAAGCAAGAAUUCGCCAAAACAAGACAACAGUUGCACACAGUUGUUUUGCCUACAUUUGCAGUGAUCUUCAUUCUAAUCUGUAUAUAUGUUUACUUUAAGACUAGGCCUGCUUCCAUGCAAUAUGCCUAAUAAGUUGAAAUUUCUACUAUUUCCUGACAAUUUACAGUGUGUACCCAUGUGACCGCCGCCAUACAUGAGGUGGGGACUGAUUCACAUGAAUGCACCUAUUCCUAUAUGCAGCCGGUGGGAACAAAUGGUUAUACACCCGAUAAAUAUCCCAAUCCCAUAAUAACUUAAGUAAGAUUCUCAAUCGGUGGGAAUGGAGCCCAUCAACAUGCUCACUAGCGCCACUGGUAUAUAAUUGAGAUUAUUUAAAUUGAACGAUAGAUAUUAUAAAAAGGAUGUUAUUGCAAAAUACACUAGAAGCAGCCCCUUUUUUUAAAUAAAUAAAAAAUAAAAAAGCCGUUUGUUCCUUAAUAUCGUUACAAUAUUAUAAGAGAAAUAUUGAAUUAAUAGUGCAUGCAUAACUUAUACUUUAUAUUUUAAAUUCUAAAUAAUUUACUAAUUUUUAAAUAUCUAUUGUUAAUUUUAAAUAAUCACAAUUAUUUAGCAGUGGCACUAGUGAGCAUGUUGAUAGGCUCUUAACUUAACUACCACAAGCAUGAUGACAAGUGCAUUUAUAUAAAACGGAUAUUGGUGUUUAUAAACCAUCUGUCACAGUCCGGCUAGUACCUACUUAUGUGUAAUAGAUGUUACAUUAACAUAAUUUGUAAUUAUUAUGUUUGAUCUGAUCUGCCAAAAGUAAAAAAAAAAUGCUAAGACAAAUGUCCACUGUGUCCGUACAGCCCAAAACUAUGUUGGGACGGCUUUUAGGCAAUAUGUAUAAGCAACAUAUGGAAAUUUAGCUCCACUAUCCUAACUUUUGGGAACAGGAAUGUCGACUUGUUUUUUUUGUCUGUCCAUAAUAGAUGCCGCAGGGCACGAAUAUUAUCAUCAUUAGCAUUCAUGUCGGGAUUUAGUAAGUAAAUACAAAAUAUUUUUAUUUGGUAUCUGCAGGUUGUGAGUUAAGCAAUCCACAGUAUUUUAAUGAAGUAAAGUGAUUUAAUCUUAUUCCUUCCAUAUAUAAAACAUUCCAAUAAAUUUAAAUAAGAAUAUAAAAUGAAGCAAUGUUAUGUAAAUGAAAAUAUAUUACUUAUCUGAGAAGCUCGA